ACCCAGAUUGAUCAUCUUGGACAAAAGGGUCCAAACCCAUGCUUGCUGGGAACCGAUACAUUAGAUGACGAGACUGUUUUUUGGGGGGAGAGGGGGUUCACAGUCGCAGGUUCAAACGAGAGACAAUGCAGGGUGGAGCACUCGUCUCGUCUCCCGUUUUCUUUCAAAAUCCGCAGCUGACGAAUACUUAUCAUGGGGACUCAAGUCAUGCACGAUCUUCCUUCCCUUGUGGCUACUCCCACGCAUCUGCUUACCCUUCAUGACGUUGUUCUCGAUUCGCCAGUGUGGCGAUCCAACAUUCAACACUUGGAGGAACAGAUAGACCACUGUGAAAAGUGGUUGGAAGCCUUCAUUCGCGCUCUGAAACAAUAUAUCGAUGCUGUGAUAAAAUACAAUGCACAGACCAGCAACCUGUGCAAACGAACACUUCCUGCCAAUACCAGCGGCUCCUUAAUCGAUCCCGAGAUAACCGGCACGGUGAUACAGGCAUUUGCCAAUUCUCUUCAAAGCGAGCUUGCCGUUAAAACAAAAUUGGUUUCGGACUUGGAGGAAACCAUUUUACAUCCUCUGCAACGAUAUAUGAAACAAGAUUGGAAAGAAUUAAAGGAUGCGCGGAAAUCCUUUGAAAGGAUCCUUGAUAAAUACGAAAAUCAGCUGAGCCGAUACAGUGUGCUGAGUAAACAAAAAGAAGCCAGCGCUUUACGCGAAGAUGCGUUUCAGAUGUACGAUAUCCGAAAGACUUAUAUACGCACCAGUGGAGAAUACUUCACCCAGCUGAUCUCCUUCAAAGCAUGCCUGGAAGAAUUACUCGUGGGAUCGUUCUCCGGAGCCAUCGCGGCACAGAUCGAAGAAAAUGACGAUUUAGCCAUUGCACAUACCCAGUCUCGGACGCUCUUACCCGGUUGGCGACAAUGUCUCGAAGAAUGGAAGGCAACGUAUACUUCACAAAUCGAAUUCAUGAAAAAGCGUUGCCACACGCUUGAGGACCAGUUUAUCCAACGAUCGCGCCCACACCGUUCCCUAAAACGGUACUCAACUUCUAACAAUGACCAAAUGUCGGCGGUGUCGGUAUCAAUGGCGCAGGGCGAUCGCGACGACAAAUACUCUGGCUAUGAAUCACCUUCCGAGUAUUCAGAAACCGACCAUCCCAAGGAACACCCAUCGAAGCAAGGAUACCUCUAUGCUCGGAUUAUUGUGGGAAAACCGGCGCGGUAUUCCUGGGUAAGACGAUGGUUCUUCCUACAAGAUGGUUGGUUUGGAUAUUGUCAUGUAUCCACUGUCAACAAAGUGAAAGGCUGCGUUGUUAUUGGCGAACGUGCUUCUAUAGAGGAAUGCGAAGGCAAGAUCGUGACCGAUAUGGAUCGCCGUUACUCUUUCGAGAUUAUCUCACCUCAAAGCACAUUUCUUGUGCAAGCAGAAACAGAUGAAGAUAUGCAGCAGUGGGUGUGGGCGCUGGAGAAAUGUAAAGAUAUGCUUCACAAAGAAAAACGUCUUUCGCGUCAACGCUCUGAAUCCUCGGUUUCAACAACUAAAGAACAUCCCGCCUCCGUUUCGUCUGUGCCUCGUUCGCUACUGUAUCCUCAACCGUUCUCUUUAUCGCACCAUACAGGCAAUGGAAGCUCCAAGGAACUCACGCCUCCAUUUUUCGAAUCUUUGGGGACGGCAGAAGAUACCGAUGAAUUAAACAAUGAGGAGAAUUUAUCUUAUCAACAAUCCGUGGCCUUUGCUCUGACGGCAUUGAUGCUCCAGGAAACGGCCGUCAUACCUGAAGCCGCCGAGGACGGGAAAAAAUCCAAUCCAACGGAACCUACGGAAACCGAAUCCGAUACGACCAACGGUGGAUUGGAAGCGGCACAGCAACCGCAACCAUCUUCGUCCUGGUCCAUGCCGUGGCUGAUAUCUGGUAUCAGCGCCCUUUCAAAUACCGUUGAUCCCACAUCCAAUGGACAUGACCAGUCCGCGAAUCCGCCGUAUGCCACCGAAGGAGGAGCAUUGAUCAUUUGGCCGAACAAACGAGAAAUCGAGGCUUCCAAUGUUCAUCUAUCGAACUAUCCGCCAGAAUUGCUGAAUCGCCAUCAGGAACUUCGGCAACUGUUUUCCCACGUACCGUCUACUGAAGUCGUCAUGGAUGUGUUCGUAGCUACAAUGUAUCACCAACCAAUGGCAGAACCAGGAGUGGAUCCCGAUGAUACUGCAACAUGGACCUCCACUCCUCCCUUGGCAAAAUAUGGCUAUGCCGGUGAUGGUUAUCUUACUCAAUCGCAUUUAUGGUUCUACAGUAAUACGUUGAUGACAUGUUUGAACACGCUGGUGGUACCCUUAGAACAAAUCAAGGCUAUUCGUCUUGAACGAGCGCUAUCAUCACCGUCGAACGGAAUGUUGAUGUCUAUCGAUCUAAAAACCGACCCUGUGCAGACGUUCAGUUUCGGAUUGUGGUUGGAAGCCGCUGAAUUAGUCAGCGAACGACUAAAGAUAGCUGUGGAAGCGGCUAAAAAUUCAGAGAGGGAAGAUCUUCAGGUCCUCUUUGAGUCGAUUCGCAACGCCAACGCGGGUCGAACCAAAUCCAAAAGACCUCUUAGCCAUGUCACACCGAUGAGCGCUUUGAAUGCAGCGGUAACACCCUUGACAGUGCAGGCGCAUCCUCAGCUUUCCAAUUUGCCGACGCAACCAGCAGUCGGUAGCGAUCCUGCUGCGUCGGGAAAUGCGACAGACGGGUCAGAUAGUAGCCAUUCGACCAAUCGAUCAUCUCCUGCAACCGGCGCUUUGGCUGCUGCUAUGAGCGCUGUCUCUGGAAAAUUAGCUACUUCUACCACGGAUACAGCCUCGAAAAAUAUCGAAGCGAAAAAACAAGCGGAGACUCUGGCUACCCAAAGCGAGGAUGACUGGCCAGCGGGUAGAACCAAGCCGAAAACGCCUAUCGAAUGUCAAUGCGCCGAUCAUUUGGAUAAGAAAGAGGCAGAACUGACCCUACCGAUCAGCGCGAAGAGGUUGUUUACGCUGAUGUUUGAACCCUCUGAGGAGAAAGACGGCCAAACCACCGUAUGGAGCAAGCUCAAUCAAGCAAAAGGCAAUGGGGAGCCAAGCAUAACGGCAUGGAGCGCUAAUAAGGAUGGCUGUCCAGAACGGAUAUUGAAAUAUAUUAUGCCUGUCAGCAAUCCUAUGGUGAAAGCCAAAGAAACCGAAGUGAUUGAAACACAUCAGAUACUAAAGCAGGAAGAGUACCUCUGCUAUGUGGCUCUGGUUACCACAAAAACGCCGCAUUUGCCGUAUGCAGAUGCCUUUGUACCCUCUGUAAAAUACUGCGUUACAUACGUCACGCCAUCGAGCUGCCGCUUGCGCUGCAGUAUCGGAAUCAAAUGGCUGAAAUCGGUGGUUAUGAAAGGUAUGAUCAGUAAAGCCGCCAAUAAAGGGCUGAGCGAAACCGUGAACGCGUUGGUACCAAUUAUCAAGCAAGAAGCAGCCCAAGCGUCGGGUUUAGCAAAGAGUCUGCCAAAGGACGCUCUCAAUGAAAAAGCAAACGCCAACGAGAUAUCCGAUCAGCCACCACCAGUCUUGAAAAGCGACCAUGAUACGGGGAAAUUACAGCAGGCAUUGUCCCACCUAUCAUCCAUCCCUCAUUGGGGGAUGACCUUAUUAUUGCUCAUGGCAGCACUUUACAUUGCGUUUUCUUGGAAGAGCUCCAGUAAUCUGCCGACAAUGCGACAAGACAAUAAUAUCAAGAUUGUCUGGAGAGCUGUGUAUUUACGGGAUAUCGAUGAUGAACUGACCGGCAAAUCCAUUGGGUUAGAUCAUGCCAACGCAAAGAAUUAUGAAGCAUUUCAGGUUUCGCGCGUCAGUACGUUGGCAGAAUCCAAUUACAGCUGGUACAGUGGGCAACAUCGGUUGAUGGCAGCUGAACUAAGGUACACACGAGAGCGGCUGGGUGCCUUACGAUACGAGCUCUUGGCGGCUUUCCGUAUGCUCAAUGGCAUGGAAAGAAGAGCGCUGGAAAGCGAAUACUGGAAUUGGCUCCUUGACGAGAACAUACGGUGUCAGCAAAAUGAUACCCUGAAAAGGAAAACACCUUGUGAAGAAGUACAGAAGGAAAUUAGCCUUUACUGAUCUGCACAAACUUUUAAUAACUAACACAGCGAGAAUAACAUAUCUUUUCCGCACUAAAUCUGAAAGAUAGCUGAAUAAAGAAAAAAAAGCGAUUUGAGAUCUGGAGAUGCAAAAAAAGGAAACGCACAU